ACUGACUCUUCUGAAAUAUAUGCCUUUCCUUUGCAGGGGAAGUAUUAUCUAUUCAUCGAGCAGAGUUCUCAGCUGUACCGCAGUUUCCUGCCAAUCCAUGCGUGGAUCCACUAUCUUAUCUUCAGCUUCCAGGGUGUGGGCCGUGUCUUUGGCUACAUCCUGGGGGGCAUCUAUGUCCUUGCCAAAAUCAAGGACAUUUUUGCACAUGUGAAGGCAUGGCGGGUUGCUCUUGUCAGAGUCAUGCAGAAUGUGACAUAUGGGACAGUACCAAACAAGGAGCAGAUUGAAGCAACAGGAAACCAAUGUGCCAUCUGCCAGGACGAUCUUCAUAGCCCAACACUGCUGCACUGCAGCCACAUCUUCUGUGAAGAGUGUGUGGCCACGUGGUUUGAUCGAGAACGAACCUGCCCGAUGUGUCGGGCUCAGGUGGCCGAUGAUCCACAGUGGCGUGAUGGAUCCACCACCUUCUUUCUUCAGAUCUUUUGA